UACAAAUCGCAAAGGACAAUCAUUCCUGCAUUAACAACUCUGUCAAAUUCAUUAAACUACAAUGGCGCACGAGAUCAAGAACGUAGCCCUCGCGGGAGCAUCUGGUAGUCUCGGAUCUCACAUCCUGCGAGCUUUGAACAAGAGCGGUCGUUUUACCGUGACCGUUCUCACUCGAAAGACUACCAAGGAUGUGCCCACGGGGACUGGAGUCAAGGUGGUUGAUUUCGAAUCAGUUUCGGACCUGACAGCUGUCCUGAAGGGCCAGGAUGCAUUGGUUGAUGCUACUUCUGUGCCUGAUCCCAGCUUCGCUAUCCGCCUGAUGGAUGCGGCUGUAGCAGCCGGUGUUUACCGGAUGAUUCCGGCCGAAUUCAGCGCCGAUCCAAUGAAUGCUAAAGCGCGAGGCCUACCGCCUUUUCAAGGCAAGGCCAAGGCCCUGGGGCAUAUCCAAAAGCUUGCAGAUGACAAAAGGAUUACGUGGACAGCCAUUUCCAACCACGCGUUUCUUGACUGGGGCCUCCGCAUGUCGUUCAUCGGCAUCGACCUUCAGAAUAAGUGCAUCGACUACUUGAAACCGUGUCUCACUGUCGUUCCCCUGACCACCCUUGAAUCCGUUGGUACUGCUGUUGCAAACGCUCUUAUAAAGGCCGAAGAGACCAAGAACCGUGUCUGUUAUAUUUGCAAUACGCAAAAGACACAAAAGGACCUUGCUGAACUUGCGAAGCGGGCUUUGGGCGAUCAAGUGUGGAAGACAAAAGAUUUAGACACAAAGGAAGCAUUCGAAAAUGCAAUGGUUCAGCUGCAAGCUGGUCAGGUUGAUAUGCAGGUCAUUGGAGACAUUAUACGUUUCUCGAUCUCUACUCCGGGCUACAUUCAGGAGCUCAAGAAGACCGACAACGAUCUCCUGGGUGUUAAGGAAAUGAGCGAUGCUGAGGUCCAGGAGCUUAUCCGGGAGAUCGCCCGAGAGAAGUCGGCUGCUUGACUUUGUGGAUGCGGAAGGCUUUACACGUCGGUAUCUUAAAUCAUAGUUUUCCAGAUCAUAUACCUACUGCAGAAGUCAUAACUAACGCUAAACGAUCUUGUAAGUUCGAAGGGUGUGUGAUAUAGAAAGUUAGAAAACUUCUUAUAUACGAUAAGUGAUUAGAUAAUAAGUUUAUUAUCUCUGGGUUGAGUGACAAAUAUGCAUGGGGUAGGUGAUCUCCAGCCGUGGCCACCAGUGUACCAAAGAGAAAUAUAUGCCCAUAAACCUCCCUCUAGGCCUCCUAUUUAUUAACUCUAGCCCUUAUAUAAAUUUUAUUAUUAG